GGGAGAGAUUCAGAGGGCUCAGGUUUCCUCAUCGACAUGGAUUUCUUUCUUUUUUAAAAUCUCUCAUAGACCGAAGUGCUGAAAGAGGCUGUCGGGGAUGGUACAAGGAGACGUCUGGAAAAGAAGACCGAAGUGCUGAAAGAGGCUGUCGGGGAUGGUACAAGGAGACGUCUGGAAAAGAAGGAGUUUGUCUGAAGACCAAAGAUGAAAAGAUUAGGAGAGAAGUUUUAGAGCUGAUUCUCUCUCUCUCGCACAUGCACACGCACACGCACACGCACACAAACCUUCCUUAGUGAAGCACUGAAAAGUUGUCAACAUGAUGCCCAUUUUUUAAAAAGAUCUGCUUGCCUGAAAAACAGUGAAGACGAUUUUGCCAUCAAGUUUCCGAUUUCAGAUUCAGAAAGUAGAAUGCUCCAACAGGCUCAGCAGUAGCCUCACCAUGUGAUCCCUUGUGUUUGUGUAUGUGCUGUCAAGUCAUAAUCGACUGAUGGUGACCCCAGCAAGGAGCUUUCAAGACAAGUGCGAAGCAGAGGUGGUUUGCUCGUGCCUUCCUCUGCAGUUUUCUUUGGUGGUCACUCACUUAAGAACUGACUCUGCUUAGGUUUUGAGAUAUGACAAGAUUGGCCUAUACUAUGCUGCCUUCCCUCCCUGGGAUCCCUUGGAUGACUUCCAAGAGACUGAGAAAAAUGUUUGUUUUCAAUUUGUUUUUGUUCUCUGCUGGAUUAUGUUUAUUUUACAAGCUGACUUCCAUUGGAAUUUGUAUAUUCUGUCAAACAAACAGGAACAUUUCAUUUAAAAGGGAUAGUGGACAUUUUUUGCAUCUUCCACAUAUAGAUUGCAGUAGGAACUCUCCAUUCCUGGUAAUUCUUGUAACAUUGUCACCUGAAAGCCAGUCAAACACCCGGAUGGCUAUCCGUGACACAUGGGGCAAAGAAAAAUCCAUUGCUGACAAACGCAUUGUGACACUUUUUCUUCUGGGCAUUACUUUGGAUCCUAGCAAUCAGAUUGUUAUUACUGCUGAAAGCCAAAAAUAUAGAGACAUCAUCCAAAAGGAUUUUAUAGAUUCCUAUUACAAUUUAACCUUAAAGACCAUGAUGGGCAUUGAGUGGGUUCACAAGUUCUGUCCACAGUCUAGCUUUGUCAUGAAAACUGACUCUGAUAUGUUUGUCAAUCCCUACUACCUGACGGAGCUCCUUUUAAAGAAAAAUAGAACGUCGAGAUUCUUUACUGGUUUUUUAAAACUGAAUGAGCAUCCAAUACGACAAUUUUUCAGCAAGUGGUAUGUGAGUUACUAUGAAUUUCCUGGGAAUGAUUACCCUCCUUUUUGUUCAGGGACUGGUUAUGUUUUCUCUACUGAUGUUGCUAGUCAGGUAUAUAAUGUUUCUGAAAAUAUCCUUUUCAUUAAACUGGAAGAUGUUUUCAUAGGUCUAUGCCUUGCUGAACUCAGUAUUAUACCAGAAGAACUCCAUUCAAAGCAAACAUUCUUCCCAGAAGGAGUCAGAUUUUCUGUGUGCCGCUUUAAGAAAAUUGUGACAAGCCAUGAUGUCAAAGCUCGUGACUUGCUGAACUACUGGAAUGCGCUGGAGAAGUCCACGGGAAAGGAGUGUUCAGGUGACUGAUCCAUUUCAGCCAUCAAACACAAUCUAAAGUUACUUCUGAAGACAGAGGAUAUAUACUACAAGUUGCAAUCUUAAUUUAAGUACUGUUACCAGAAUCCAUAUAGUUAAAGAGAUUCUAACAGUACAAUUAAAAAGUCCAUUCCAAUUCUUAUUUACUUCCUCCUGUGAUACUGUUCUUACUCAUGUACCAACAUUUUGCUUUCUUAGUCAGCAAGACCAUUUUGUCUAAUCAAGGAUCCUGAAUAAGAUGUAAAUAAGUCCAGGACUGGUUACAAUAACUUUUUAUGAGUGUUUCCUUAAUUACGUUCAUACACACAUUUUUAAACAGGCAUUACAUUUACAAACUGAAAACUGGGAUGCAUCUUAACAGCGUAGCAAAUGUAGGCAGAUGCAAGUGUAAUUUUGUUUUAAUUUUUAACUUUUUUUGGUUUUGUUUUCUUGAUUAAAUUUCUGAAACUGAAAGCUAGACAUGCAAAGUCUCUCCAGUGUCCAACAGAAAGCAUUCUAGGAUGUAACCAGAUAUCACUGAGUUCCAGCGAGAGAUGCAGACUAUAAAUAAAAUAAAUACAUAAAUAAAAAUUGGCUGUUGCAUUAUCACUGCAACCACUCACAACUGUUACUUUUUUUGUGGGGGCAAGCCAAUCCAGUUGUAAUGGUUUGCUAUAGCACAAUGGGAUAAAAAUGACUAGUAUGUGUGGAUGUUGCCCUGUUGUGUGAGUGUUCUUUGAUUUGAAUCAAAGAAGGUCAGGGCCCGUGGACUGGGCCUGAUUUUAGGAUGUCAUGACUGCAGUUGUAGAGCUGUCCUGUUAAUCUAUGUUGGAAGAACUCAAACAGCUCUUCAUUGGCUCUCUGAAUGAAUUAUGCAAGAGCAGUAUAUGUCAUGGCAUAUAAUACCAUAUUACUUUUUUCUUAUGUAAGGGAUAAAUCAUAUUUCUGUUUUGCACUGAACCUUAUUAUGCCACAGAUGUACUUCAGCCAUGACAAAGAUAAUUUGGGGCAAGAAGUAAGGAGCCCAUUAUGACAAAUCCUUCACCAGUUUCAAGGUGUCACCAACCUGAUCUUAACAUAUAUUUUUGCCACAUCAGCAGCUAUGGAGCCCAGCAGCGUAAGAUGAUUCUAGCUGUGUAGAAUAAACUGCCGUAACAACACAAACAUCAGGGCUGCUAUGUUAAGAAGGCACAAAGGAAAAGAGACGGGUGUUGUGCUGGGGAACUGUUUUGGCUUCAUACUGUAGUCUAAUGCAGUAAAAAUUUCAAGUACAAUGUGAGUUUUCAGAAAAUUCCUGCUGCAAGAGUACCUGUGACUCCCCAGAAAUUUUAGCUUCGAGAUCAAGACUGGACUUAGCUAUAGAUUCGGAUGAUGAUCAGAAGUCAGUCAUAGUCUCCAAGUCUCGGAUUUUGUUCUGUGAGAAAGGUGUCACGUACCAGCAUUUCACAGGGAUGUUCUGGUGAUUUAGGAGAUUAUAUUGUCAUGUUUGCUGUUUUCUACUUAAGUUAACAUGCUUAUGUAAACAUGGUUUCUAUGAUAGUUGUUUUAAGCAAAAUAUUAAGUACUAAAACGGAUUGAAAAUUCAGUAUUUGAAGACAAGGAAUUAAGAAAUGUUCAUUGACUAAAUGUAGAAUUGCAAAGAAAAUAGAAAAUGGAUUAUUAUCUUCAACAUGGAGAGCCAGUGUGGUAUAAUGGAUAGAAUGUCAGGCUAUGGUCUGGUGGACCCAGGUUUGAAUCUCUGCUGUGCCAUGGAAGCUCUCCAGGUAACCAUGGGUCAGUCACACUCUCAGCCUAACCUAUCUCACAUGGUGGUUGUGAGGAAAAAUGAUGUAAACCACUUUGGGUUCCCAUUGGGGAGAAAGGUGGGAUAAAAAUAAAUAACAGUGCAGUUGUAAGCAGAGUUACUCCAGUCUAAGCCCAGUGACUUCAGUAGGCUUAGACUGGAAUACCUCUUAGGAUAGUACUGUAAAUGUUGGCUGUGAACCUAGGUAGAGAACUAUGACCAUUAAGUGCAUGAGUAACCUUUUUGGACUUCCACUUUUUCUCAAAGAGAGGGGCAUCUAGAAUAGUGAAACUGAAACACAAUAAGUAGUUGUCCUUGCGAAGGAGUAAUUCUAAGACUUUACAAUUGUGAACUUUAAAUUUAGAAAAAGGUUUCCCUCUGCUGUCAGAAAUCUGGGAAACACUGAUGAAUACAUGUUUACAAGACCCAGAUACUUAAGCUUCAGCUUUCAAAUCAUUCCAUAUGCAAAAGAACCUCCUCAGGAUACAGUGAAGCCUCCCGCCAUUAGCAUUCCACACCCUGGGAAACUCUUACAGAAUGACUCAGCUCAACCCCACCCCUCCUGAGUAGAUACAAAUGACCUACAUCUUUUCCACACUGUGACACUGAGAGAUCUCUGUCUUUUGGUGCUACACCUCUGAAGAUGCCAGCCACAGCUGCUGGCGAAACGUCAGGAACUACAAUGCCAAGACCACGGCAAUACAGCCCGGAAAACCCCCAACAACCAUCGUUCUCCGGCCGUGAAAGCCUUCGACAAUACAUCAUUCUGGAACUGUCUAUUGAUUGUGAUGGGAUGCCAAAGAGAUGUACAUUGUAGAAAUAUGCUUAAUUCCGUUUAAAUUGUAAUAAAGUCGCCUCAAUUUGUUCUACA